GAAAAAGAGGGAUUUAAACAAGUCUCGUACAAGAUAUCGAGCAGAAUUGCUUGGCUGUAAAGCAGGCAGGUUGGUCUUCUCAAUGCGAACUAUUUUUUGGGAUAUCUACAUCGUGAAGCAGAUCCGGAGGCAAACAAUUUGCAUCACUAUGGUUCUGAAGAGCGGGGAUGAGGAUAACGGUUUGCACUAUUUGAUAUUUUCAAAACGGUUUAAUUUCACUCCUUAUUUUCUACUUCCAAAACUUGUUCAUGAUUACCAACCCAAGUCGGAGGAAGAUCGUGUGCAUUUCUCAUACGUUAAAAUUGAAAGGAAGUUCAGAGGAUGAAAGUAUUGAAACGUCUCCCUCUUUUAUUGGGGUGCUGGACUCUUAUAUACCUGAACUUCGUCCCAUUGUCUAUGGGCCUUAUUGGCGAGGGACAGCGCUCAACGGAGAGGAGACCGGGCACUCACAUAGACACGGACCGAAGAGCCUCUCUGUUAAUGGUGGGGACUUAUGGAGCCACGGGUGCAAAGUCUUCCAGUGGGGCAAGGAUCACGCGCAUCCGAACCGGACCCCCACUGAUAAAGGGCGAGUCCUCCAAAACGAAUUCUGCAACAACAGGGACGCACGCAAAGAGGACCAGCAGUCUGCCGGGAGCACCCGUCAGUUUGGGACGCAGGGAAGCUGCGCGCUCCUGGGUACCCGGGGAUGGGAGCCGACCAGCCUCCGGUGGCGCAUCUUCUCCUUCAGCACCCAGUGCGCACACGGGAAGGAGUGCGGCAGCAGCACAGAGUGGUGGUGGUGGCAAAAUCGCUGCUGCCAAGGCGGCGUCUUCGGGAGGGAGACCGGGACAAAUGAAAGCUGUGACCGCACAGCGAGGACUGUCUCCCUUGGCGCAAAGAAGUUCUGUCAAAGUCUUCGGAAAGAUUAGCGAAAAAGAACAGCCCAAACACCCAUUGGUGACACCGCAUGAUUACAUGCUGUCAUUAUAUUGGUCGCUAUCAACGGGGGACGUGAACACAAGUGUUCUACACGAAGCUGGUCUCGCCAACACCAUCACCAGUUUUGUUGAUAAAGGACAAGACGAGAGGCUUCCACAGCUGCGGAGACAGAGGUACUCCUUCAACAUCAGCUCCCUGGACAAGGAGGGUCUUCUCGGGGCCGAGCUGCGCAUUCUCCGCAAGCGGCUGCCGGAGCCCUCUCGGCGGACCUCUUCUUCUUCUUCUUCUUCCUCCUCCUCCUCCUCGUCGUCGUCGGUCGGCCAGGUCAGCCUGAGGCUCUACACCUGUGCGGCAGGUAAACAACAGAAGGCCACCCUGCUGCACUCGCGUGUCAUGGAGGACCAGAGCAUCUCCAAGUGGGAGGUGUUUGACAUCUGGAAGCUCUUCAAGAGCUUCAGGAACGCGGCGCAAGCACAGGUCUGCUUCGAGCUGGAGGCCGUGGAGCAGGGAGGCGGUGGUGGACGAGGAGGAGGAGGAGGAGGAGGAGGAGCAGGAGGAGGCGGGGCAGCAGUGGACCUCAGGAAGCUGGGCUUCGCGCGGCCGGGCCGCCAGACCAAGGAGAAGGCCUUCUUCGUGGUGUUCAGCCGCACCAAGAAGCGCGGCCUGUUCUACAACGAGAUCAAGGCGCGCUCGGGCCACGACAACAAGACGGUGUACGAGUACCUGUUCACGCAGCGGCGCAUGCGGCGCGCACCCCUUCCCCGUGGCGGUGGCGGCGGCGGCGGCAACAAGAAGAGCCCUGUCAAGAGCCCCAAGCCGCGCUGCAACCGGCGGCAGCUGCACGUCAACUUCAAGGAGAUGGGCUGGGACGACUGGAUCAUCGCGCCGCUGGAGUACGAGGCCCACCACUGCGACGGCGUCUGCGAUUUCCCGAUCCGCUCGCACCUGGAGCCCACCAACCACGCCAUCAUCCAGACGCUCAUGAACUCCAUGGACCCGCGCUCCACGCCGCCCACCUGCUGCGUGCCCACGCGCCUCAGCCCCAUCAGCAUCCUCUACAUAGACUCCUCCAACAACGUGGUGUACAAGCAGUACGAGGACAUGGUGGUGGAGAGCUGCGGCUGCAGGUAGCGCGGGUACCGGGAACUCCCAUACUUCCUUUAGUUAAUUCUACACAAUCGUUUCGAUCUGAAGGACAGUUUGGCGAGGAUGACUCAUAACGGCCAAGAUCAUGGGCCCUGUGUCAUAAUGGCCAAGCAUUCCGACCUUUACAGUUUCUCUGCCCAAUCAGAGAGCAGGGCAGUGUGUCAUAAUAGCCAAGUAUUCUGCCCCUUACGGAAUUUACGAUAGGCAACUCCCCAGACCUAAUCUCACUUGUGAUUAGGUCUGGUGUUAACCAGGCAACAGGUAGCAGGUAGCGGGAGAUGGAGACGGUGCCGCAUCCGCCAACGACAGACAGACAGGUGUGGUGGAUGAAUAGCCUGAUUAUCAUCGACUUUCAAAAUCUCUUCGAGACUUGGUCUGACCAAGAGCAUAACAACUAACAUUUCCAAACAGCAUUUCCCAAAUGGCCUCCCUUGGUUUGCUAAUGAUUGUUUGCUUCCCAACAAAGUGGGAGGAGUUCCCGUAUUUGCAGGAACACAGAAAGUACUUGCAUUGACUCCUGACCUGACUGGUAGCAAGGCUGAAGCUGUUGCGUCACCAGGAGGGCACGGCCUGGCUAGUGGAUGAAUAGACGAGAGGGGAGAGCUGGAGAAACACGAGGGCUUAGAGGUUCUUCUAGAAUUUUACUGGAACACUCUACAGCUCCCAUAGACGUCUGUGUUAAAAAUCUCGGAAAGACAUUAUGACAUCAUAAUGAGAACUCAAAAUUUGGGCAAAAUUCUAAUCACAUAUUUGUGAUGGUACUCCCUAAGGGUUAAACAUUUACCAGGUGCAAACAAACACACCUUUUGACUCUGAAGAAGACACGCACGCACUGCUGUUCUCCAAUUCAGGUGUCCCCAACGUGGUGCCCGCGGGCGCCAGGUAGCCCUCCAGGAGCUUCUGAGGUGCCCACCAAGGAUGUUAAUAAACAGUGACGACUACCAGAUUUUAGUCACAGUUAAUGCUUUUCUUGAUUUAAAUAUGAGAUUAUUUAUUCUUUACAACCUAUACACAAAUUAUCAUUCAAUAAUAGUGUGAUUUGAGAAUGAUGCCAAGACAUCAGUAGAGGAUUUUGAACAAAAGUAGCCCUCGGGUAGCCCUUAGUAGCCCUCGGUAGACCCCGGGUAGCCCUCGGUAGCUCUCAGACCCAGAAAGGUUGGGGACCCCUGGCUUAAAGUGUUCAAACAUUUACCUACCAGGUGCAAACAAACACACCUUUUGAGUCUGAAGAAGACACGCACGCACUGCUGCGUCGAAAACGUCAGUCUGUUUGCAGCACCCCAAUAAAAUAACUGAAAACUAUCUGAGUGCUCCAGUCAUCCCUGCUGGCCUAGUCUUUCUGAAGUGGACCAGUUUGCUUUCCGUUGUCUACCGCCCUGAACUGGAAGCACCAAAAAGGUUAGAGCGCAAGUGACUUCCCUUUUACCUGACUUAACUUCUCAAUGUUCACAACAACAUCUUCCUCCGAGUCCUCAGUCCUCAGAGGAGGUGGAUGAAUGUUAGAGGCCUACAACUGGGCACAGACCCACAACUGGGCACACUCAGGUCCCCAGAGGGCCAGAGGGGCCGCCGAGGUCUCAGGAGGUCAGGAAAAAGCAAAAGUACCACCAGAGAUUCUUUAAGUAUAUAGAGAUAUGCCAAUGUAAUAGGUUGCUAUGGCCAGAUAACAUGACCAGGUUCCAGUCUGCCUAAAGGGACGUGUCAUAAUACUCCUAGAAUGAACAGAACAGUCCUUAGGUCUGCCUAAAGGGGGAUCCCCCCCCAUUCCCAAUGCAAUAGUAGAACCCGGAAACAAUGGGCCAAUGGAAUCUCUCUCUCUCUCUACACUCUCUGGUACCAUCCUAUCCACAUCACUUCCCCCAGCCGGAGGUGCCCUGUCUAGCAGAUAACAUCGUGUAUGUGUGCUGCUUUCCAAUGUGGAAAGGUCCAUAGACCAUUAUUUUGGCCAGUGUUGCCAGAUUGGGCUGUUUCCCACCCAAUUGGGCUGCUUAGGAUGGCCGUGUGCGGGUAAAAAAUGGCAU